UGUACUGUGUCCGCAGUCUCUGGUCAUCUCCUGUACUAUGUCCGCAGUCUCUGCUCAUCUCCUGUACUGUGUCCGCAGUCUCUGGUAAUCUCCUGUACUAUGUCCACAGUCUCUGGUCAUCUCCUUGUACUAUGUCCGCAGUCUCUGGUCAUCUCCUGUAGUAUGUCCGCAGUCUCUGGUAAUCUCCUGUACUGUGUCCGCAGUCUCUGGUCAUCUCCUGUACUGUGUCCGCAGUCUCUGGUCAUCUCCUGUACUAUGCCUGCAGUUUCUGGACAUCUCCUGUACUAUGACCGCAGUCUCUGGUCAUCUCCUGUAGUAUGUCCGCAGUCUCUGGUCAUCUCCUGUACUAUGACCGCAGUCUCUGGUCAUCUCCUGUACUAUGUCUGCAGUCUCUGGUAAUCUCCUGUACUAUGUCUGCAGUCUCUGGCCAUCUCCUGCACUAUGUCUGCAGUCUCUGGCCCUCUCCU